AUGGUGGUGAGGACAUUAAUGUGGCAACAAUCAAUCGCUCUCAUGGCUCAACAACCCGAACAUAUUGAGGUAAAAAGAAAACGUUAUUCCAUUAGGAAUAGGGUUCUUCAUGAUGCUAUUAUGAUGCGUGAUUAUUUUACCGGUGGUAAACUCACUUAUUUGGAAGAGAAUUUUCAUGACCGCCUACGUAUGAAAAGAGAAUUGUUUCUUAAAAUUAAAGAUGAUUUGUGUGAAAUGGACCCAGAGUGGCCUCAAAGAAUAGAUGCACUUGGAAUCCCGGGUCAUUCUCCACAUAUGAAAACGCUAGAUUGUCUUAGGUUACUUGCUACGGGUCAAUCAACCGACUCGAUAGAUGAUUAUGUGAGAAUGGGAAAAACAACUCUAUAUAAGUACUUGAAGAGAUUCGUUAGAAACAUAGUUAGGCGUUAUGGCGGGGAGUACUUGCGCAACCCAAACCAAGAUGAUAUUAAUCGCAUUUUAGCCGAGAAUGAAGCAAGGGGUUUUCCGGGGAAGAAUGUUUAUUGGCCUUUAGUGAAGAACAUGUUGCACAAAGAUGAAACUGGUCAUGGAGUGGUUAAGGGAGUUGAGUUGCGCUUGAAGGGAAAUGGGGAUGCUAUUAGGGGGCUGACUGUGUUGUUGGGUUGA